GACACAAUUAUAAAACAAAAUCAGUAUGCAUGUAAUGUAGCAUAUGAUAGAAUAAACAAUUGGUAACUGUUAAUAUUAAUAAAUCAUUAAAAGAGUAACAAAGGUUUUGAAGUUAUAGUGGAAAGAUAAAAAAGUUUUAAAAGAUUAAAAAUAUUAAAGUAAAAUUCAGAAAGUCAUAUCACGGUGGAUGAUCGAGUGAGUGGUGGGAGAAGUAAUAGUUCCCCCUCAGCUGGACAGAACCGCGGUACAUUAUGCCGCUAUGGUGGAAUCAGUCACUGGUGGGACGUGGGUGGUGACGAGUCGUAACUGUCUUUUGAUUUUGAUUUUUUUUAUUUUCGUUCUAUUGUGAUUGUUACCAUCGUGCUUUUCAGUGUUAUCAAGUUUAUUCUUCAUGUAGUACAAUAUUUCUACCAUAAAAAUAGUGACUGGCGUGACACGUGAAUUUAUCAAAACCCAUACACAUGUGAUUGUAGUGAAAAUUUCGUAUAUAACUCACAAAUUUCUCUUCAUUUGUGUCAACAUAAAAUUGUUGCAUAAUUUUUAAAUAAUUCAUCACUAUCAGUUUGCAAAAUUUGAACUUCAGUUCUGUUCAUUUAUUAAAUUGUCGUGUAAUAAUUAACUAAGUUACGCAAGCUUUUUAUCUAAAUAAUUGUGUACGAUAAGUGUUAUAAAUUGACAGUAAUUCAUAAAUGUAAAAAAUUCAUGUAGUGUACAUAUAUUUAUAUGAAGAAAAAGAGAACAAGAGCCCGUGAAAAAUGUUUUUUACAAGGUUAAAGAUAAUAUUUUGUAAUAAAAAUAAUCAAACUAUUUAAUAUUGAAAAAUUUUUUCAUAAUCGGGAAAUAUUUUAUACAUAAACAAGAUAAAUAUAAUAAAUAAACCUGAAAAUCCUAUAAAGUCUCAAUAUUUACAUUGGCAAUAACUUUGUUUUCACAAAAGAGACUUGACUCAAGAUUUCAAAAGUAGAAUAUCACAAAUAAUUCAGUAAACUCUCACUUGAUAUGAAUCACAGCUAUCAAGUGAUGUUGAGUUGAAAUCUAAAAUAAAUAAAUAAACAAAUGAAUUUCUAUAGUGAAGAAAGGUGUGCAGUGGUUCUACUUGGAAUAAGUAAUAAGUGUCAGUGAUAAAACAGGAGUUAUAGGAGUGACUAGUCUAGUGGAUUAAAUUGAAGAAGAAGUUAAUUAAAAACUAUCAAAAUAGAGUACCCGAGUGAUAUGUACGGGGGUGGAUCAGGGAGUACAGACUAUGGGGUAGGCCUAGGGCCCGGUCCCUCACAUUAUGUCCCCCCACCACCCAGCCACAUUACUUACCAAUUGGGAACAGCACCACCACUGGUUGGAAGCUUGCCGCUUGGAGCUGGUGGGCCUCCUCCCGGAAGUCAGCUACUGUCUUACGGACAAACCUUAUCACCACAUCACGUACAACAACCGCAAAAUGACUCGCCAAAGUCUAACAGACGGAGAUCUGAUGAGGAUGACCCUAGCGGAGGAAAGUACCGGAGAAUCGAAGACGACAAUUUGCAGGACAAGGAGAGAUUUGCUAGCAGCAGAGAAAAUCAUUGCGAAAUCGAGCGUCGAAGGAGGAAUAAGAUGACGGCCUAUAUUACUGAACUCUCUGACAUGGUACCAACAUGCUCAACGUUAGCUCGAAAACCAGACAAGCUUACUAUACUAAGGAUGGCAGUUGCUCAUAUGAAAGCACUUAGAGGUACGGGUAACACAAGUGCGGAUGGUACUUAUAAACCAUCCUUUUUAACUGAUCAAGAACUCAAGCAUUUAAUUCUUGAAGCUGCUGAUGGCUUUCUCUUCGUUGUUAGCUGUGACACUGGCAGGAUCAUUUAUGUUUCUGAUUCAGUUGCGCCAGUUCUCAAUUACACACAGAGUGAAUGGUAUGGUUCAAGUUUGUAUUCUCAAGUUCAUCCCGAUGACACGGAAAAGGUUCGUGAACAAUUAAGUGCUGCUGAACCUCAACAAUCUGGAAGAAUACUCGAUCUCAAGUCUGGAACUGUUAAAAGAGAAGGACACCAAACUUCAGUAAGACUCAGUAUGGGUUCAAGAAGAGGCUUUAUAUGUCGUAUGAAGGUUGGUAGCCUUCAGACCUCCGGUGACAUGGCUGCUUCGCAAGGGCUACAUCGUUUAAAGCAAAGAAAUUCACUAGGGCCACCAGGGAGAGACGGUCAAAAUUACGCCGUUGUUCACUGCACGGGGUAUAUCAAAAAUUGGCCCCCCAGCGGUGAGUUUGGUGAUUUUGUUACUCCAUGUGUACCAGGUGUGGGUUUAGGUGAAAGAGGUGUUCAACCUGGAUCAGACGCUGUGGUAGCUGAAGAUGGAAAUACUCAUUGCUGCCUUGUUGCCAUUGGACGACUGCAAGUCACCAGUACACCAAACACGAGUGAUUUAGCUGGUUCCAAUAGUAAUAAUGAAUUUAUUUCACGCCAUUCCGCCGAAGGUAAAUUUACAUUUGUAGAUCAAAGGGUUGGUGGUAUAUUAGGCUACACACCAUCAGAACUUCUGGGCCAUCAGUGUUAUGAAUUUUUUCAUCAGGAAGAUUUACCACACAUGCGAGAAAGCUUUGAUCAAGUUCUGAAACUCAAAGGACAAGUAAUAUCAGCGGUUUACCGAUUUCGUGCUAAAAAUCGUGAUUGGGUGUGGCUUAGAACAUCAGCAUUUGCUUUCCUCAAUCCAUGUUCACAAGAAGUAGAAUAUAUUGUCUGUACAAAUACAACUGCAAAAUCACUUCAUCCUGGAGCAGAAACACAAACAGAAAGCGAGACAAUAACUCCGUAUGGACAACAUAGUUUGGAUUAUUCAUUACAGCGACAUCAUUCUAGAGAAUCAAUGUACCCUACACACCAUAUGAUGCAGCAUCCGGCAGCAGUAGCGACUGCUGGUCCACAGCAACCUCGACCUGCUAGCACUCAAAAUGUAUAUCAAGGCUAUGAAUCAACUCAAUCACCCAUUGCUUACGGCUCACCUAAUCAACAAAAUACAUCAACGACAGUAUUGAAUAGAAUGCAAAAACCUACUGCUAAUACUUCACCUACGCCGGUUCAACAAGGGUGGAAUAUUGGUCGACAACAACCGGUAACCGAAGGUUAUCAAUAUAAUCAAUUAAGUCCUUCAAGAUCACCUAGUGGCCCUACUUAUACACAAUUGAGUAGUGGAGCUAGAACACCAGCAACCCAAUAUCACUCAGCUACAACAGUGCCUAAUAAUCCAAGUAUGUGGACUUGGCAAGGUCAACAACAUCAAACUCAACCGCAAGAUGGAGGCCAACCAAAUGCUCAGGUCGCCGGUCCACCUCAAGCUACUCAUGGUCCUCAGGGUGCCACCGGACCCCAACCUCAAGAAUUAUCAGACAUGUUACAAAUGCUUCAAGAACAAAGUGGACCUACUGGGUUCGAAGAGCUUAAUAUGUUUAAUACAAAUUUUGAGUAGCAGUAAUGAAGAUUUAUUGAUAAAGACUUUAAAUUGUUCUAUUCUAUGGAAUAUCGUUAGCAUUAAAUCUAAACGUCUUUUCCUUUUCGGGAGACAUUCCUUAAAAGUAAAUAAGCUCCCGUAUUAAUACACCAAAAGGUUUGUAAUUAGCUUUUAAAGAAUUGUCUUUGCUAAUUAAUAUGACGGGACUAGAUACUUUAUAGAAACACAAUCAGCUGAAUGAAUUCAAAAUGCGCACAUUUAUAUUCCGUCUUUCAUAAAAGCAAAGACGUAUAAAUAUAUAUAAAAAUGCAUAUAAAUAUAAAUAUGAUUUUAAAAGAAUUUUUAAAAUGACAAUGACGCGCAAAUGAAAUUGAAUAUUACUGAUGAUAUUACGAAUUCGAAUGCAUUCACUUUUGAAUGAAUUAUUUUUUAUUAGAAAAAAGUAAUUAUGUACGUAAAUUUACAUGAUAUUUUAUCAUGUAAUGUUGUCAUUAGUUAUUAAUUGAACUAAUAAUAAGUUAGUACCGAUCAUCCAUUUUUUAAAGUUAUACUCUACUAGUAAUCAAAAAUUUUUCAUUUAGUAUUAAAUUAUUUAAAUAAUUGCAUACUAUGGAAUAAUUGAAUAAUAUCAUUUGAUAUUAACGCAUUAACAUUUUUAUUAUUAUUAUUAUUUUUUAGCAUCAGAACUACGUAAUCGUAACUUUUAAUUAAAGCUUGAUGAUAGUUAUCGUACGACAUUAGCCUAAAAUUACUGUUAAUGAGUCCUUUGUAAUUAUUACAGUGCAAUUUUACUUUGAGAAAAAAUUUACAGAAAAUCGUUCAGAUACAAGAAUGUACAAAAUUAUAUAACUGACACACUUUGCUUGUCUAUGGGACACCGUUUUUAGAUACUUAUAAGAAAACAAAAUAUAGAUAAUGUUACCGCCUGCAAAAAUAAGUGAUCACUUGUGAUUUGUUGUAUUUGUACAUGUAUAACAAUUUUUCAGAUACAAUGAAAAUGAUGAAACUAGCAUAUCAUUAUGGAAAAAAUAAGAAAAUUAGAAAGAAAAAUUUUUCACCAA